UGCACUGUGUCCCUCGGACACAGAGGAUCACGGAAAGAGCCGAAGAUGUCGGCUUGGUCAUGUGAUCAGCUGUGGCACUGAUGAUCAGUGUGCCCUGAUGAUCAGUGUGGCCCCAGAAGUGCCACCUGUCAGUGUCCAUCAGUGCCAGCAGUCAGUGCUCAUCAGUGCCAUGUGCCAGUGCCCAUCAGUGCCACAUCAAUGCCACAUAUCAGUGCAUACCAGUGCACAUCAAUGUCACAUAUCAGUGCCCAUCUGAGCUGCCUUUCAAUGUCACCCAUCAGUGCCACCUACCAAUGCCAAUCAGUGCCACCUAUCAGUGCUGCCAAUCAGUGCCACCUAUCAGUGCCAGUCAGUGUCGCCUAUCAGUGCGCAUAAAUGCCGCCUAUCAG